AUGAGGUUUCGAUUAUCCUCUAGCCUCUCUGUUGCUGUAUGCUUGGGAUGCUUUUCAGCUUUUCUAUGGAAAUAUCUUUCUGCGAGUGGUGGGAAAAAGAAGGACGUGGAGAAAGAAACUGGCCUGGGUCUGAUCAAGAAGAAGAAGAAUGAGAAUUUUGGGGAGUGGUAUUUGGAGGUUGUUGUUCAUAGUGAGAUGAUUGAAUGCUAUGACAUCUCUGGAUGUUAUAUAUUGAGGCCAGGGACAAUGGCAAUAUGGGAGACCAUGAAAGCCUUUUUCGAUGCAGAAAUAAAGAAGCUGAAGAUUAAAAAUUGCUACUUUCCCUUGUUUGUUCCCCCUGCUGGUCUGAAAAAAGAUAAGGAUCAGAUUAAGGGGGUUGCCUCAGAGGUUGCUUGGGUCACAAGGUCUGGAAAAUCUGAACUAGAAGUGCCUAUUGCAAUCCGUUCAACGAGUGAGACUCAUAUGAAUCCUUAUUUUUCGAAGUGGAUUUGGGGACACCGGGACUUGCCAUUGAAGCUAAAUCAGUGGUGCAAUGUGGUUCAAUCACUUCAAUGGGAGUCUGGCAAUCCCACUCCAUUAAUCAAGAGCCGGGAGUUUCUUUGGCAAGAAGGCCACACAGCUUUUGCAACAAAGGAAGAGGCAGAUAAAGAGGUCCUUGAGAUAUUGGAACUGUACAGAAGGAUAUAUGAGGAAUAUUUGGCAAUUCCAGUUGUAAAGGGAAAAAAGAGUGAGAAUGAGAAACUUGCCGGUGCGCUUUACACCACAAGUGUGGAAGCUUUUGUUCCCAAUACUGGCCGCGGUAUACAAGGAGCCGCUUCACAUUGUCUAGGACAAAAAUUGGACAUUACUUAUGAAAAUGACAAGGGAGAAAAAGCAAUGAUUUGGCAAAACUCCUGGAGUUAUAGUACUCGAACGAUUGGAGUGAUGGUAAUGGUGCAUGGAGAUGACAAAGGCUUGGUAUUGCCACCAAAAGUAGCAUCUAUCCAGGCUAUUGUGAUUCCAGUGCCUACUAAGGAUGCCGAUACACAUGUCAUAUUUGAUGCCUGCUUCAACAUUGCUGCGCAGUUGAGUGAAGCUGGAUUUCGUGUUGAGGCUGAUUUGAGGGACAACUACUCGCCUGAUUGGAAGCAUUCACAUUGGGAAUUAAAAGGUGUUCCUCUAAGGAUUGAAGUUGAAGCAAAAGAUUUGGAAAAGAAACAAGUAUGCUGUGUUCGGCGUGACAAUUGUGAGAAAGUGGACAUUCCUGUGGUUGACUUGAUCAAGGAAUUAAGAGACAUGUUUGAUAGAAUUCAACAAAAUCUCUUUGAUGUUGCAAAACAAAAACGAGAUGCUUCUAUUGAGGUUAUCAGAACAUGGGAUGAAUUCACAGUAGCUUUGAGCAACAAGAAACUGAUCCUGGCUCCUUGGUGUGAUGAACCUGAAGUAGAAGAGGAUGUCACAUCCCGAACAAAGAGUGAAAUUGGUGCAGCAAGGUUGCUGUGCUCGCCCUUUGUCCAGCCCGAACUCUCUAAAGGAACUCUUUGCUUUGCGUCCGGGAAGCCAGCAAAGAAGUGGUCCUACUGGGGAAGGAGCUACUGAAUACACUUCUCCAAUUAUGCCCUGUUGGAUUUCAAAAUUUGGAAACAAAUUCUCUAGUUUAUAUCAUACGAUUAAUACACAAAGCUACAUGUUUGGCUUUUGGGUUUUCAUUUUUCCUAGCUAGUGGUUAUAUCCCUUUUUGAGCUAUAUUUG